UCGCCUAAAAACGGUCACACGACUCCGUUCUCACACGGCACAGCAGCAGAUCGUGCUCCUCCCAGCCCGACCCCAUGAUAAGCGCGACGCCGACGCCGCUCCUCCCGCCCUCUCCUCGCCUCCGCGGCAGCCGCCUCUCCCCCACGGCCGCCUCAUGCCUCCCCGACACCGGCACCGGCCCGCCACUGACCGCGGGCACGGACCAACAGCGCUCUGGCCCGGUGGAGCAAGAGGAUGCCGGGACGGGGACGGUCUCCUCCCCGCCGCGUCCCACUUCCGCCCCGCAGCGCGCGAGCUCGCAGCUGAGCCGGUGGUCGCGCGCGCGCGCGCUCCGGUCCGGUCGGCGUCUGGUACGGGGGAGCGCGGCGGUUUCUGUGCCGACCAAGUCACCGCCGCCGUCCUCCUCCUCCUACUCCCAGGAGGAGGUCGCGGCGAAGACGGUGACGGCGGAGGAGGACGGUGAUGGCGACGAGGCGGUUGCGGCUGGGGCGAACACGAUUUACAUGGUGUCGGACGGGACGGGUUGGACGUUGGAGCACUCGGUGAACGCCGUGCUCGGGCAAUUCGAGCACUGCCUCGUAGACCGCCGCUGCGCCACGAACACCCACCUCUUCUCCGGGGUUGAUGAAAUCGAUAACCUUAUUGAGAUAGUAAAGCAAGCAGCAAAAGAAGGGGCACUGCUUCUAUAUACACUUGCUGAUCCUUCAAUGGCUGAGGCAACUAAGAAGGCUUGUGAUCUUUGGGGUGUUCCAUCCACUGAUGUUCUUCGUCCUACUAUUGAAGCCAUAGCUUCUCACAUCGGUGUUGCUCCAUCUGGGAUUCCCCGAAGUUCUGCUAGCCGAAAAGGUCAACUUUCUGAGGAUUACUUUGAAAGAAUUGAAGCGAUUGAUUUCACCAUCAAACAAGAUGAUGGUGCUCAGCCAAAGAACCUUGCCCGUGCACACAUUGUGCUUGUUGGUGUUUCACGUACUGGGAAAACACCACUGUCAAUUUAUCUAGCACAAAAAGGAUACAAAGUGGCAAACGUCCCAAUUGUGAUGGGAAUUGAUCUUCCGAAGGCUCUUUUUGAGAUUGACCCGGAUAAGAUUUUUGGAUUAACAAUAAACCCAGUGGUUCUUCAGGCAAUUAGAAAGGCAAGAGCCAACACUCUGGGGUUUCAUGCACAAAAUAGCAACUAUGCUGAAAUGGAGCAUGUGAGGCAGGAGUUAGACCAUGCAAAUCAAAUUUUUGCUCGGCAUCCAAUAUGGCCAGUCAUUCAGGUUACUGGAAAAGCUAUAGAAGAAACAGCUGCUGUCAUUGUUAGGAUAUACCAUGACAGGAAACAGAAGUGCUCCAUGCCACGCAUAUCAAAACGGGUUGCUCCAAUUAGAGUAUACGAUUAUCUGUCAGAGAUGGUUAGCCCUCCUGUUGAGCCUGAAAAGGUUCUGGCUAGGGACCUAUAAGUCUAUUCUGCGGCACUGAAGCGAACCAGAAAUUCUAGGACCUACUGUAUCUGGCAUUUUUCACCUGUCCGGCCUCCCUGAUUAGAUUAGCGUCGUUGUGCAUAGAGGUCCCAAAUGUGUUGUUCCAUGUUCUUUCUUCGUCGUUUAUUUUUCGUUUUCUUUGUGUAGCCAUGCAAUCAUGUACAGCCUCUUCUAGAAAUGUUCCAGACAAAGACAAUUAUUUCGGAAUAAAUGAGUGUGUAAUUUUUGUA